AUGGCUACUCCAACCCCCGGGAGUUCGUUUCCCGUCCUGGAGACGCUGGACCCGGCAACAUCCCACACCUUCAUCAAGCCCAGCAAACAGAUCAACGACGGGCCGGACGUGUCCCAGUUCCUCACGUCGAGGGCGUACCGGGACAUCGGCACCUUCGCCAUGCAGCUGAACCGGGCCAUGUGCCCGCGCAAGUCCAAGGGUGACGACAAGAAGGACAAGUUCCAGACCUUCCAGCUCGGCUCCGAGUACGAGACCCGGCCGGCCGAGUCGGCGCGCCGCCUCCAGGACAUGCUGGCGCGGAUCGCGUCAUACAUCGACGAGGCGCCGCCGGACACGGGGCCCAGGCGCUUCGGGAACGUCAGCUUCCGCACGUGGCAUCAGCUGCUGGAGCAGAGGGUUGCGGGGCUGCUGCGCGAGUUCCUGCCCGCCUCCGUGUUGGAUUUCGGUGCGCAUGGUAGCGCGGGCGGCGUCUCUGCCGAGGAUGAGCUCACGGCCUAUCUGCUCGGCGCGUUCGGCAGUGCACAGAGACUGGACUACGGGACAGGGCACGAGCUGAGCUUCCUGGCGUUCCUGGGUUGUCUGUGGAAGCUGGGCGCCUUCAAGGACGGCAAGCCACACGGCGACAUCGAGCGCAACAUCGUGCUGGGGGUCUUCGAGCCCUACCUGCGCGUCGUGCGGCGGCUGAUCCUGACGUACACGCUCGAGCCGGCCGGGUCCCACGGCGUCUGGGGGCUGGACGACCACUCGUUCCAGCCGUACAUCUAUGGGUCUGCGCAGCUCACGCGCGCCAUCGCGGACGAGGAGCCGAUGCCGCUCGAGGGCUCGCUGUUCCGCGCCCCGAAGCCCGCGACUAUCGUCAAGGCUGAGUAUGUCGACGAGGAGCGCAAGCGGAAUAUGUACUUCUCGGCUGUCGGCUUCAUCAACGAUGUCAAGAAGGGCCCCUUUUGGGAGCACAGUCCGAUACUCUUCGACAUAUCUGGGAUCAGGGACGGCUGGGGCAAGAUCAACAAGGGCAUGAUCAAGAUGUUCAACGCCGAGGUUCUCUCUAAAUUCCCCGUGGUGCAGCACUUCCCCUUCGGCUCCCUGUUCUCCUGGGACCAGGACCCGGACGCCGCCCCUCCUCAGCAAUCCGUGCACAUGGCGAACCAGCCACCCAUGGGCGCCUCGUCUAUGCCGCCGCCACCACCAACCGGAGGUGUCGCCGGGACUUAUGCUCCGUGGGCCAAGGCGACGGGUAUGCCUGCGCCUGGUGCGGGUGUUCCAUCCUCACGAGCACCCUGGGGUCCGAACCACCCUGUUCCUAGACCGUCGUAA